UCCCUUAUUUGACUCGCGCGCUGACGCCUGCGUUACGUUUCAGGAAAUAAAAGUAAACAACGGAUUCCAGAAGGAAAAUGAUAUUUACUCGUCCACGUUCGUGCCGUCUCUUUGAUUUUUCGUCCUCCUUAUUAAUUAUUUAUGAAGGCAUUACAUUUCGAGAAGACAGGCCUAGUUAAAUACAAACUGAAAGCUGGUGAAACUCCCGCAGAGCUCAGAGAAAGCGGAUGCGGCAGCCGCUAAGGAGAGCUAGCUCGACAUGGCAUUUUUCUGUUUGAGUUUGUUUACAGCAUGGGAUACUCUCACGACAAUGGCUUAAACACAACUCGUCGACAUUAGAUUUAGCAAUGUUAGCCAUCAGAUCUUCAGACGAGGAGUCCACUGAGAUUGAGGAGAUGGACACCUCAGAGCCGAACUGGUGCUGGUUCUACUUGGCCGAAUGUGGAGUCUGGCACAUGUUUGAGAUCGAUCCCAGCGCAGCCUGCUCGGUGACCAGCGCUCAGAUUGAGCAGUGCUACAACAGGAACCAGCGAGGGGUCAUGGAGUUCUACACAGCCAAAUACACCUACAGACUAGACUUCUCGGUUAUGCGACAGAUUAACGUGACAACAGGAAAACAGAGGCCAAUCAAACGCUCCCUGCACUCUGCCACUGGCUUCCGGUUUAUUUGUGAUAAUCUGGCCUUGCCAGUGCCAUGUCAUUGGGAGAGAAUCAAUACAGACGAGCCUUAUCAGCUUGUCCAGCUCGGCAGAGACACAUAUGAGUUCAAGGAAGUGGCCAGGCUGUACGAUAGGACCAUGGAUCAUCCAAUAAAGUCCAUCCAGAGGAUCCAGAACUUGGACUUGUGGGAGUUCUUCUGCAGGAAGAAAACGCAGUUGCGAAAAGUCAAGCGAACUCUGGAUAUCGAAGAGCGAAUGCUGUUCCAUGGAACAGGACACAGCAACAUACAAGCUAUUUGUACGUUUAACUUUGACUGGCGUCUGACAGGGAGUCACGGCGAUGUUUAUGGCAAAGGGAGCUACUUCGCCCGCGACGCCAAAUAUUCCAGUAAAUUCUGCCACACGACCGGGAAACACAACACCACCUUGCAGAGGCACGGACUCGCUCCGCCUAUAUUUGCCAACGAACCGCCCUAUAAAACCAUGUUCCUCGCCAGAGUGCUUGUCGGCGAAUACACGGUCGGCCAUCCCAUGUACUGCAGGCCGCCCUCCAAGGACGCCAGCUUCACCAACUUCUACGACAGCUGCGUGGACGACAUGGCCAACCCAAAAAUAUACGUUAUAUUUGACAGCAAUCAGAUCUACCCAGAGUAUCUGAUCGAGUUCUACUGAUGACGAAAGAGUUGAUGAACAGAUUCGAUUUGUGGAAAUGGGAGAGAAAAAAAACAAAAACAAAAAAACCCCCCGUCACUUCCAGUGAGUAACUGGAUCAUUGGAUAUUUAUUUUUUUUUUAAAGUGCCUUUGGAAAUGUUUAAAAAGUGGGAAAACAAUGGCGGCAUUCUGCACACUUUGCUCUAAAGUUAAAAAUGCUGACAUGUGUGCUGUGUUUUGUACUACAUGUCACUUUGCUUGUUACACAUUCUGCGUAGAUUGGCUUCAGUUUGGAGAUUUAAGGCAGUGUUCCAACUCUGACCCCUCGUCUUAUUUUUAAUCCACAGUGCCAUACAUAUGCCUAUUUAUAAUACCAAAAAUAAGUUGUGGUCUCAUAUGUUAGUUUGUUACAACGAAGGACUGCGAGUGCCUGCAUUCGUUAGCAGUAGUUUACAUACGGUCAUGUUGGCAUUCAUUUCAUGACAGCGUGUGGCUUUUAUGGUGACUUCUGAUGAUUCUCUUUCCAGGGAAAGAGUGAUUAUACAACAUACCACUACAAGGAAUUUAACGAGCAAAAGAUUUAAAAUUAUUCCACAAUUGGCGGCUCAGAAUUAUAAACAUAGACUUUUGGUAACUACCACUAUUAAGCUGUAGUUUGAUGGGAGUUUGGCUCAUCGCCUGACUGUGUCCAAAAUUCAGCCAUUUACCCCAAACCUCCGUUAAGAGAACAUCGGUUAGGGUGUUGCAACUCCCUAAAGACCGUUAAGCCAAAAAUGGAAGUAGUAUUUUUGAUUUUUGUGCUUUUAGGUAUAAUUUUACCCUUCGCUAAAGGGUUCACCUGAUUCAUCUCAUCAAAAAUCCAUUGAAGUUGUUUGUUGCACAAACUUCACAUAAACUGUUCCGAUCGCAUAACUAAGACAAUCGGUUGACAUUCAGGCUGUUGAUGAGUGUAUGUAAACUUCUGACUGGUAAUGCAGCAGUGGUCCUUCAAGAUGGCGGUUGAAAGGAAAUCCACUCCAAGUGUCUGAGGACGUUCCUGGCAACACUUCCCCUAAAACCUUUAGCGCACCAUGAGUCACGUUGGCAUAACAUCCAAAGCAACACUCUUACUGUCGCCGUUAUUAUUUAAGCGUGACCUUUUGACGAGUUCUUCUCAUAAAAAGCUUCUACCUCUGUGUUAUUUAAACCAUGCAUCAGUGCACUUUUUACCCUUUCUGUGAAAGGUUUUACUCCUGACUGUGUCACCGCGACACAAACCUGUGAUGAUAUGUUCGUCCGUAGCUCCCAAGUGUAUCUUUAGAGGUUUUGACGACUGAACUUGCGUUUUUAUUUUGUUACCGAGAUUCUGCGGCUUAGUUCGUGUCCGUCGGAAACCAGGUGAGCGUCACAUUAGAAAUGCAGUGCUAUAAGUGUGAGAACAUCACCAGCUGUACCCGAGGAGAAAAAAAACGAGUCACCUUUGCACCUGGAGUACAUUUAACCCGUCACAAAUGUUGCCAGAGCAUAACGUGCUUCGUCAAAGUAUCUGUACGCCUUCAACUUUUCCCCAUCUGCCACAUCAUAACGAUGUAAUGUGUUUUAUUGGGAUUUUAUCUGAUAAGACAGAUCGUCAAAAUUUAACAAGUAGGGAUCUGAGAAGUGUGGCAUGCAUUUGUACUCGCCUUCUUUGAGUCACAACUUUGUAGUUUUGCUGAAAUUAAAGUGGGUCAGCCUCUGCUAUAGUAUUAGCACAGCUAGCGAUUGAAAUAGUCUGACCACAGUUUCCCUGUUGAAUUUGGGACUGGAAAUUGACUGGGCUGUCAUACAUGGUUAAACUAUCCAUCUCUGGCUGUAUGUUGUGUCCUCAUAUGGAUCUUCCAGAUUAUCUUCACAUCAACCAUUUAGACCCUGCUACAGGAAAGCUUCCACUGUUGAAAAGGUGUGUUUAGACUGAGCAGUGCUGUGUUUUUUUUUUUUUUUCCUCCUUGCAUUGCUUUGCAUAUUGGCCAAACAGUAAAAGCACUUUGUGCAUGUUUGUUGGCUUGACAUAUAUAUAUAGUUUUUAUAGCUUUCUUUUUGAUAUUUCAUAAAGGAUUCAUAAGUUUGCAAUUAUGCCAUAUUACUUCAAUUUUUUGAAUGAGCUUAGGAAACGUUCUAACCUAACUCAUCUUCAAACCUCUCUGCAGCUUUAUCUCUUAUUUAGCUGCUGUGCUCCUUUAAGAUACAUGUUUUGUUCAAUAAUAUAAAUUAACUGCCAACAUUCAUAAGUUAGGUGACCCCUGACGGUUUUGCUUAUGAGUAUCAAACUAAAAAAGGGGAAAGUAGAAACACAUGCCACACUUUCCAGAAAACUAACCAGCAUGUUUUAUUUCCUUUCCCUUCACUAUCGAAUAAAAUUCCUUUAAAAUGCAUACAAGUUUGUGGCGGUAACACAAUGUGAAAAAGUUCAACCAGAAUAAAUACUUUCAGAAUGCA